AUGCCUAGAAGACCAUCUGGCUCUUCAUCCAACGGUUCCUAUCUCUUAUCAGAUGGGUCUCCCACCCAGCCUUCUCUUGGAAGGAGGACGCGUUCGAGUUUCUCCAAGAACCGAAAGUUCAGAGCAGACACAACUGAGGAGGUCAAUUCUGAUGUUGACAUGGAGGACGCUCUUUCCGAGCGGAAGACUUACGAGAACAACGAGGUCAUAGACUGUGAUGAAGAUGACAACGAUGAAGAUGAGGCAGCGACCUUGAGCAGGCUUGCAGAGAACUAUAGGCGAUUCUCUGAGUCGAAUCAGCGUGCUGAGGAUGACGAAGACGACGAUGAGGAAGAGGAAUAUGAAGAUGAGCAUGGUCACGAUCACGAACAUGACGAUGAAGACGAUAACGAAGAUGACGAUUCCCAUCGCAGUUCUGCGCAAAAUCGCAGUGAUGUCUUUGGUCUUAACGAAAAUGCAAUAAUGAGGUCACUGCAAGGAGCUUUGAGAGGCGCCCAGCAACAGCGUUUGAACCAAACGCCUCCCAACGCUUUUAGUGGUCUCCGCCAUUUGGCGGAGUCUUCGGCGCGAGGCUCACAUUUCGGGGAAGCCUUUGGUAGGAUGUUUCCUCCCGAAAUGAUGGAGUAUUUUGGUGCAAUGGGAUCGAAUAUUGGAGGGCUCACAGACUCGCUGGAUAACGAGAACCCAUACUUGCUGCUGGAAACCCUGAACGAGAUCAGCGAGGGACUUCUCAUGAUAGACACGCUGGUGGCCGAACGUUGUGUUCCAGCUCACAAGCUUUCCCGGAACUUGGUACGCAUCAUGAAUGACCCCUUGCUGCAGGAAGAGCUAGAGCUUCAGCUGGUGGCCUGUCGCUGUCUCUUCAAUCUUCUCGAGGUGAGCAUUGAGUUUGUUCCUGUAACCGUUCAGGCCGGAGCCAUAGAGGCACUUAAGAACAAGUUGUUGGAUAUCAGUUAUAUUGAUCUGGCAGAGCAGGCUCUGCAGGCUUUGGAGAUGAUCUCAAGAAAGUGGGGCAAGGAGGUGAUGCGCAGACACUGUCUGUCUUCCUGUCUCAUGUAUUUGGACUUCUUUACCAUACAUGCUCAACGAAAGUGUAUGGUAAUUGCCGCUAACUCUGCUGCCUAUGUAAGUAACGAUCAAUUUGACUCGUUGAAGGAGGUAUUCCCCAUCAUCGAACGUGUUGCCGUGGAGUAUUCCGAUCACGCUUGUGUCGAGAACGCCUGGUUGACCAUCUCGAGAAUCGUGGAACGGUUUGCCAGAAAGCCUGAUCUUCUUGAGGACCUCAUCAGACCGUCGUUGCUGGUACGGCUAUCUGCGUUGCUACCAAGCUGUUUGGGAAGGAAUUCCAGAUCACAAAGUUCAAAUCUGAUCAGUUUUGGAACCUGCCUAAAGCUGUUUCAAUCUCUGUCCACUCUGGCCUCUGCAUCUCCGAAACUAUCAUUGGCUUUAGUCAAGGAUGCCCAGAUUUCUGCAUGUAUAUUGAGUAUUCUGAGGCAUUACGAACAGGUUGAGACUCAUGAUGACUCAACCGUUUCAGGAAAUGCUCCUGUGUCAAUAGACGCCUUGAUGGCGGCACCCAAAGAGCUUAUCAUUGACAUUAUUCGUUUGAUAAACAAUAUCCUUCCCUUCGUGGAUGUGUCUGUUGUCUUCAAUGGCCAGGUGAAGCGAAACAUAGGAGCUUUGUUCAACUUCAAAUCGUCAGGUGCUAGACUCAAUGUGAAAAACAUAAAAGAAGAACUUUACGGUACUUCCGACUCUGGGUUUACCGAGUUUUUGUCAGAUAUGUUCAAACUAUUGUUGGGUACUUAUUCCUCGACCGUGGAUUUCACUGUUCGAAGACUUGUCUUCGUUGCUUUGCUCAGAACAAUUCAGAUUUCUUCGGCAACGCAGGUGGAAACACUGGUAACUGAUAUUGGGUUUACAAGCCUCUUGACAUCAGUCAUAAUCCAGGGAAAAGCAUUUGUCUCGAAAUAUUCUGCCACAAAAGAUGACGCUGAUUUCAGUACGAAGCCGUUUGAGAAGCCGUUUGUCUUGCUAUAUGCUGCACUCAUGACAACGAAGUUGUUAAUAGAGAGAGCUCCUCGGAUUGCUAUAAGAGAGUUUGAGAAGGAAGGGCUGUUGGCAGAUACUGAUGAUCUGCUGAUCCUUUUAAAUUCUGACAGUGCCCUCCUUGAGAAAGCUCAUCUUGAGGAGCAAGUGGACUUUCAAGCUUCUGGUGGAUCUGAGAGUUUGCAAAGGUCGAAUCCUUUCAGUCGCGAAGACGAGGGCAAUGAUGUGGACGACCAGGAUGAUGACGAAGAUGAAGAUGAAGAUGAAGGAGAUGAAGACGACCACUAUGAUGACGACAUCGAUGAAGAAGAACACUCCGAUGAUGAUGAGGAAGAUGUUUAUCUGGAUAUUGAUGCUGAUAUUGUUCGUGACGAAGUGGAAAUUUCCUCAGACAUUGUGGACUACAAGGACUACUCUCUUUCCAACGACUCAACCUUUUUGUCCACAGCAUAUGAAACUCUCACUUACCUCACCAUGGUGGCUCUUUCUAUAGAGUCCUCACUUCAAGAGUUUGGUGAGAAGAUGUCUGUGGAGUCUCCUCAUCGAAAGCAGCUUCUGAACUUUGUCAAUGCAUUUUCUGGAUCCCGCGAUUAUACGUACGACCAAUGGACGUCUUUGUGGAUGGAAUUUGCGUCCCUUCUGGGUUUCAAGAACAAAAGUGCUGUUUCAAGCUUCGAGCUGGUCUCUGCAGACGCCGUAUCCAGUCUUUUGUCCCUGUUCAAGUCAGAUGUUGCCAGAGAAGACUCUGCGUGUAUUCAGGCGUUCAAAUUUGUCUUCUGCUUCAAGAGCCAGGAUGAGUUGGUUCCUCCUAUUGUGCUACUUGUACAGAAACUUCAAGAGGCCCUCACCAGAUCUGAAUCCUUUGAUAUCACAUCUUCCGGCGACACAACGACCCUCUAUUCCAGAACAGGAACUGGCGAGAUUUUCAACCCCAGAACAGCUUCCAUGGCUAGACAGGUCAAGCUUGAACUUGAACCUCUGAACUCUAGCGCUACCAAUACAGGACGUCUGAUGCUGAUGGUGCAUGCGAUUGCAACCUUCAAGUCUGUUGGAUCGUUUCUUAGGAGCAGGAUCAUGGCUCGCCGUGUUCUGUUAGGCGAAUCUGAUGAUGAAAAUGAUGAUGAUGCUAUUUUCGAUGAUAAUGGAGAGGACGAUGAAUACCCUUCAGACGAUGAACUUCACAGAAAAAACGGUCAGUCCAACGAGUUUCACAUAGAGUUUGCCAUCAAUGGAGAGGUGGUUCCAAGUGAAACUACUAUCUACGGUGCGAUCCACAGAUCUCUUCAAAAGAGUCCAACAGAGAUCGUUGAUCCACAGCGCAUUUGGUCAAACCCACCGUGCGUGGUAUCCUACAGAAAGGUGAAAGGACCUUCGCCAGAGAACAUAUCAACUGAGCUGGAAUCAUCCUAUGGUUUUGAUGCUUCUGGUGAUGUUCUGGAGGAUCUGAAUGAUACCAGAACCGUUACUCUUUUGAGAAUGCUCAAAGCUCUUUUCGACGUCAACAGCACGGCUAAGCAUACUGAUGCAACUGAAGCGAUUUUCCUCAAUUACAAGCUAACUGCCAAGCUUAACAGGCAACUUGAAGAGCCUUUGGUUGUUGUUAGCGGAACUUUGCCAGGAUGGAGUGUUCACAUCACGAGACAGUUUCCUUUUCUGUUCCCCAUAGAUACAAGGAUGUUCUUUCUGCAAUCUACGUCAUUCGGUUACUCCCGUUUGAUACAGCAAUGGCAAAUCAGGUCGAACCAAGAAGAAAGCAAUUCCAACUCUAAUUCCUUGGGGCCGGCUCAACUUGGCAGGGCUUCGCGCCACAAAGUGCGCAUAUCUAGGAAGCAUCUGCUGCAGAGCGCGUUUAAGGUGUUGGAUAUGUAUGGGUCUUUACCAAGUGUUUUGGAGAUUGAGUAUUUCGAUGAAGUGGGCACUGGUUUGGGUCCUACGUUGGAGUUCUAUGCUAACGUUUCCAAGGCUUUUGCUAAGAAGAAACUCAAAAUAUGGAGGACAGAUGGCCAAUCUGCUGGAGAUGACUACAUUGAUUUUAGAACGGGAUUGUUUCCCUCGCCUUUGUCGGAUUUUAACGAGAAGAGUUUGGAGCUGUUCAGAUUUCUGGGUAAGUUCAUUGCAAGGUCGUUGUUGGAUUCCAGAAUUGUUGAUUUCAACUUCAAUCCACUAUUUUUCACACUUGCGAAUGAGAUUGACUCGUUGGACGUUCCUAUCUCGGCUUCAAGGUCUGUUCGCCUCGAUAGAGUCGCAAUGGUGGACUCUCAAUUGGCAUCUUCCUUGAAGCAAUUGGAUGAAUACUCAAAGCUUUUCAAAUCGGUAGCAUCCCAAAGCAGAUCCACAGCCACGCUUAAUGGUGUUACCCUCCAGGACUUGGCUUUGACCUACGUCCUUCCAGGAUACCCUAAUGUGAAUCUGAUUGAAAACGGUGACUCGGUGGAUGUCACACCCGAGAAUUUGGAUGACUAUAUCGAUAAAAUCAUUGACCUCACCAUUGGAUCUGGUGUGAGACGUCAAAUAGAGGCGUUUGUCGAAGGUUUCUCAAAGGUUUUUCCUUACUCUGCAAUGAUGAUAUUUUCGUCCCAGGAGCUGGUGAGGCUCUUUGGGAAUGGCGAGGAAGAUUGGUCCCUUGAGACUCUAUUCUCCUCCAUCAAUGCGGACCAUGGUUACACCAUUGACUCCGUGAGUGUGCGCUGUCUACUGGAGAUAAUGUCUCAGUUUUCGAAGGAGGAAAGAAGAAUGUUCUUGCAGUUCAUGACCGGUUCUCCCAGGCUUCCAGUUGGUGGCUUCAAAGCUCUUCAUCCGAGCUUCACUGUUGUUUUGAAGAACAAUGAGGACGGUUUCAAGGCUGAUGACUUCCUUCCCAGUGUAAUGACAUGUGCCAACUAUCUGAAGCUGCCUAAUUACUCCUCGAAGGAGAUGAUGAAUCAACGCAUACUGCAGGCUAUGCACGAGGGGUCUGGAGCGUUCCUAUUGUCUUGA